AUGACGACAGUGGGGGCCGUUCCCUCACUCUCAUUGGAUCCACCAUCUCUUAGUAUCCAAAAACAUAUGAUUACCAUAGCUGCAAAUGAUACGUUACAGAUUACUUGCAGUGGUGAGAGGGCUUUGGAUUGGCUUUUGCCUAACAAUCAAACCGACAUGGAAAACCGAGUCGCGCUGACGGAGUGUUCCAGUGAUACCUAUUGUAAGAUGCUCACUCUGACAGAAGUAAUAGCCAAUGACACGGGGUCCUACAAGUGUUUUUACCAAGACAACCAUGCCUCAUCAAGUGUUUAUGUUUAUGUACAAGAUUACAGAUCUCCAUUUGUGAUGUCAGCCAAUGAGCUUGGGGUUGUGUAUAUAACCAGAAACAAAACUGUGGUGAUUCCAUGCCUCGGAUCCUCACCAAACCUGAAUGUGUCACUCCAUGCAAAAUAUCCAGAGAAAACAUUUGUUCCUGAUGGAAAGUCAGUUAUCUGGGAUAAUCAAAAGGGUUUCACAAUUCCCGCUAACCUGAUCAGUGAUGUAGGGAUGAUCUUCUGCAAAGCUAAGGUAGAUGGUGAAAGCUAUCAAUCCGUGAUGUACGUCGUGGUGGUUUUAGGUUAUAAAAUCCAUGAACUUAAUGUGAGCCCUCUGCACCACGUCGAGCUGGCAGCAGGAGAGAAGCUAUCCUUAAAUUGUACCGCCAGGACCGAGCUGAAUGUGAGAAUUGAGUUUCAGUGGGAUUACCCUUCGAAACAGAGAAUGAAUGCUGCAUUCAGGGAUGUGAUGACCCCCUUGGGCAGCGAAAUGAAGAAGUUUGUGAGCACCCUCACCAUUGAACACGUGACUUUAAGUGAUGCGGGUCUGUAUACCUGCACGGCCACCAACAGCCUGAUGACAAAGAAACACAAAAUUAAUGUCAUUGUUCACGAAAAGCCUUUUCUCUUUUUGGGUAAAAUGCCACUUCGGGUGGAGACCAUUCUCAGAGAACCAGCGAAAGUUCCUGUAUUAUUCAAAGCCUAUCCACCUCCAGAAGCAAAAUGGUAUAAAAAUGGAGAAGCCAUUGUCGCAAAUCGUACCCUGAAACUUGGUUACUCUUUAAUGAUUACUGAAAUAAGUGAAAAGGAUGCUGGGAAUUACACCGUGGUGCUGACCAAUCCCAUUAACAAGCAGCGUGAGAAGCACAUGUUUCAUCUGGUGGUAAACGUUCCACCUCAGAUUGGGGAGAAUGCUCUCCUGUCUUCUGUGGAUUCGUACAAGUAUGGCUCCACCCAAACUCUGACGUGUACAGUGUAUGCGGUCCCAAUGGUGAGCCACAUUCAGUGGUACUGGCAAUUGGAAGAGGAAUGCACCUUCAAUCCACACCAAGCUGGAAUCGGGAAUAAUCCCUAUGCGUGUAAGAAAUGGAAAACCAUAGCAGACCGAAGAGGUGGAAAUCAGAUUGAGAUCCUAAAAGAUCAGUUUGUUGCUGUGGCUGGGAAAAUGAAGACUGUUAGCAGCCUCACCGUUCAAGCAGCAAAUGUGUCCACCUUGUACAGAUGUGUAGCAAAUAAUAAAGCUGGAGAGGGUGAAAGAGUCAUCUCCUUUCAUGUAACUAGAGGCCUUGAGAUCAGCCUUCAGCCUCAAGGCCAGCCUACUAAGAAGCACAACGUAACCUUGCAAUGCACCGCAGACAAGCACACCUUUCAAAACCUCAACUGGUUUAAAUUCAGCCCUCACGUUUCAGGGACUCGCUUGGAUAGAGUUCCUAUGCCUGUUUGCAAGAAUUUGGAGGCCCUCCAGAAACUAAAUGGCACCACCAUGAAGGUCAACAGGGAGAACGUUACCCUGAGUCUCUUUCUCCACAAUAUCACCUUCCAAGAUGGCGGGGAGUACGUGUGCAUCGCUCUGGAUAGAAAGAGUAAAACUCAACAUUGCCAUGUCAAACAUCUCUCCAUUCAUGAACCAGUGGCACCCACAAUUACAGGACACCCUCAGAAUCAGACCACCAACAUUGGCGAAACAAUAGAAGUUGUUUGCACGGCAAGUGGGAUCCCUUCCCCACACAUCACUUGGUUUAAAAACAACAAUUCUCUUAUUGAAGAUUCAGGUAUCGUCCUGAAAGACGGGAACCAACGUCUGACCAUACAACGGGUGAGAAAGGAAGACGAAGGCCUUUAUAUGUGCUACGCCUGCAAUGUCCUGGGUUGUACAAAAGCAGCUGCAUUUUUUGAAGUGGAAGGGACCGAUGAGAAAAGAAACCUUGAGCUCAUUAUUCUCGUUGGAACAGCAGUCAUUGCCAUGUUCUUCUGGCUACUCCUUGUAAUCAUUCUCCGGACUGUUAAACGGGCCAACGGAGGAGAACUGAAAGCUGGCUACCUAUCUAUCAUCAUGGAUCCCGAUGAAGUCCCUAUGGAUGAGCAGUGUGAACGUCUCCCUUACGAUGCCAAUAAAUGGGAGUUCCCUCGGGAUAGGCUGAAGCUAGGAAAGCCACUUGGUCGAGGAGCAUUUGGUCAAGUUAUUGAAGCGGAUGCAUUUGGAAUUGACAAAACAACUACUUGUAGAACUGUAGCAGUCAAAAUGCUUAAAGAGGGUGCAACGCACAGUGAACACCGAGCAUUGAUGUCUGAACUCAAAAUUCUUAUUCAUAUUGGCCAUCAUCUCAAUGUAGUCAACCUACUUGGAGCUUGCACAAAACCCGGAGGUCCACUCAUGGUGAUUGUGGAAUACUGCAAGUUUGGGAAUUUGUCUGUCUACUUAAGAAGCAAGCGAAAUGAUUUUGUUCUGUGCAAGGUGAGAUCUGGGCGAGGACACAUUGACUUCUCUGCAGACCUAAAGAAACGCUUGGACAGCAUUGCAAGCAGCCAGAGCUCAACAAGUUCAGGAUUUGGCGAGGAGCGAUCCCUCAGUGACGUGGAAGAAGGAGAAACCACAUCAGAAGAUCCUUGCAAAGGAUCUCUGAACCUAGAGGACCUUAUCUGCUACAGCUUCCAGGUGGCUCGGGGGAUGGAAUUCCUGGCGUCCCGGAAAUGUAUACACCGAGAUUUGGCCGCUCGCAAUAUCCUUUUAUCCGAGAGCAAUGUGGUCAAAAUCUGUGAUUUCGGAUUAGCUCGGGACAUCUACAAAGACCCAGAUUACGUCAGAAAAGGAGAUGCUAGAUUACCCCUGAAAUGGAUGGCCCCAGAAACCAUUUUUGAUCGUGUAUACACAAUUCAAAGUGAUGUCUGGUCUUUUGGUGUAUUAUUGUGGGAAAUAUUUUCAUUAGGGGCCUCACCAUAUCCAGGUGUAAAAAUUGAUGAAGAUUUCUGUAGAAGACUAAAAGAAGGAACAAGGAUGAGGCCACCAGAUUACACAACACCUGAAAUGUAUCAAACAAUGUUGGACUGCUGGCAUGGUGAACCCAAACAAAGACCAACCUUCUCAGAUCUGGUGGACCACUUAGGGAAUUUACUGCAAGCCAAGGUUCACAAGGAUGGUAAAGAUUAUGUUGUCCUUCCCCAAGUUACGUUGCUUCAUACUGAAGAAGAUUCUGGGCUUUCUUUGCCAACGUCACCUGUUUCCUGCACGGAAGAAGAGGAAGUGUGUGAUUCUCAGUUCCAUUAUGACAGCACGUCGCAAACAAGUCAGCAUUGCCCAGGAAGUAAAAGAAACAGUCGCCGUGUGAGUGUGAAGACUUUUGAAUCUGUGCCCAUAGAACCACCCAUAAAAGUGGUUCAAGAUGAAAAUCAGACAGAUAGUGGGAUGAUUCUCGCAUCUGAAGAACUAAAGGCGUUAGAAGAGAAAGCUAAAGAACUGGCGUUGCCCUUCAGUGGGCUGAUUUCCAGUAAAAGCAACGAAUCUGUUAUGUCUGAAGCUUCAAAUCCCACCAGUGGCUACCAGUCAGGCUAUCAUUCAGACGACAUGGACACUACCAUUUAUCCUAGUGAAGAAACAGAACUUUUAACGCUCAAUGAUGAUGCUUCUCAGACCUGCUACGUUGCCUACGGCCCCGCUAUCUCUUUGACUUCACAGUCUGUAUAA